AUGGCUGAAAGGAGUCCCGCCUUUGUUUCCCGGCUGCUGCUUGCACGGCUGGAAGGGGACCGGGCAGCCCAGAGGCAACCCCUGAUGCCUCCUCCACCCUCUCCUCCACAUGGUGAAGUGAAAAGAGCCACCAUGAAGCCAGCUCAGGGCCGGGUGUCCUUCGAAGAGGUGGCUGUGUAUUUCUCCAAGGGGGAGUGGAGCCUGCUGAGCCCGGCCCAGAGAGCCCUGUACAAGGACGUCAUGCUGGAGAAUUUUGGGAACGUGGCCUCUCUGGGACCUCUGAUUUCCAAACCGGACCUCGUAUCCAGGCUGGAGGAAGAGGAGGAGCUGCUUAUCGGGUUCUCUGAUGAAGAAGAGGGAGUGACUGGUAGCAGCCUAGAUGCUGUUUGGGAGGUGGCAACUGAAUAUCCAGUGAUGGAGAGAGAACACACGUAUUCAGAUGUGGAAGAGAACAUUGAAUAUUGUGAUACAUUGGGCGUGGUGGAGGGAACAAACCCACUUAAUGAGAGGGAAAACUCUGAUGUUUUCCAAAGUGAUCGUUCUCAAGAAAUCUCACUUCUUCAAAGUAUAUCCAAAGGAGACAAUAGAGAAGAGUGCCCUGGGAGUGCGGGAGGAUUUUCUGAAACAACAGAUACAACUAUGUAUUGGAACUCCCAUAACGCAAGGGGAACAUUUAAAUGCCUGGAGUGUGGAAAAACUUUUGGACGGAAAAAUACUCUAACUGCCCACCGAAGGAUUCACACAGAGGAGAAAUCUUAUAAAUGUGUGGAGUGUGGGAAAAGCUUCAGACGGAGUGGACACCUUACUCUCCACCAAAGGAUUCACACAGGGGAGAAACCAUAUACAUGCCUGGAGUGUGGGAAAAGCUUCAGACGGAGUGAAAAGCUUACUGUCCACCAAAGGAUUCACACGGGGGAGUUGCCAUAUAAAUGCCAGGAAUGUGGGAAAUGCUUUAAUUACAGUGGAACCCUUUCUUCCCAUCAAAGAAUUCACACAGGGGAGAAACCUUAUAAGUGCCUGGAAUGUGGAAAAUGCUUCACUAAGUGGGGACACCUUAAUGUCCACCGAAGGAUUCACACAGAAGAGAAACCAUAUCAAUGCCCAGAGUGUGGAAAAAGCUUCCGUCAGAGUUCAACCCUUUCUUCCCAUCAAAGCAUUCACAUGGGAAAGAAACCAUACAAAUGCCUACAUUGCGGGAAAAGCUUCAGGCAGAAGGGAAGCCUUACUGUCCAUCAAAGAAUUCACACAGGGGAGAAACCAUAUCAAUGCUUGGAGUGUGGGAGAAGCUUCAGUCUGUGCCAAAGUCUUACUAACCACAAAAGAAUUCAUACAGGGGAGAAGCCAUAUAAAUGCCUAGAGUGUGGAAAAAGCUUCUGUGAGAGUAAAAGUCUUACUGCCCACCGAAGAAUUCAUACAGGGGAGAAACCUUAUAAAUGCCUGGAGUGUGGAAAAGGCUUCAGACAGAGUGGAAGUCUUACUGCCCACCAUAGAAGUCACACAGGGGAGAAACCUUAUAAAUGCUUGGAAUGUGGGAAAGCCUUUGGACGGAAAGGUAUUCUAACUACCCAUCUCAGAAUUCAUACGGGCGAGAAAUUAUAUAAGGAUAAAAAAUAUAAAUGCCUGGAGUGUGGAAAAGGCUUCAGUCAGAGUGGACAGCUUACUGCCCACCAUAGAAUUCACACAUGCAUCCCUUAUAAAUGCCUGUCAUGUGGAAAAAGCUUCAGUCGUAGUGGAAUCCUUACUGCCCAUCAAGCCAUUCACACUGGGGAGAAACCAUAUAAAUGUCUGGAGUGUGGAAAAUGUUUCAGUCGUAGUGGAAAUCUUACUGACCAUCAAAGAAUUCACAGUGGAGAGAAACCAUAUAAAUGUCUGAAGUGUGGAAAAUGCUUCAUUCGUAGUCGAAAUCUUACUGACCAUCAAAGAAUUCACACUGGAGAGAAACCAUAUAAAUGCCUGGAGUGUGGAAAAAGCUUCAGUCAGAGUUCAUAUUUAACUGCCCAUCAAACAAUUCACACAGGGGAGAAACCAUAUAAAUGCCUGGAAUGUGGAAAAAGCUUCAGACAGAGAGGACACCUUACUGUCCACCAAAGAAUUCACACAGGGGAGAAACCAUAUAAAUGCCUGGAGUGUGGAGAAUGCUUCAAACGGAGCGGACAGCUGACUGCCCAUCAAAGAAUUCACACAGGGGAGAAACCAUACAAAUGUCUGGAGUGUGGGAAAAGCUUCAGUCAUUAUCAAAGUCUUACUACUCACCAAAGAAUUCACACAGGGGAGAAACCAUAUAAAUGCCUGGAGUGUGGAAAAAGCUUCAGACGGAGUGGACCACUUACUGCCCACAGAAGAAUUCACACAGGGGAGAAACCAUAUAAAUGCCUUGAUUGUGGGAAAAGCUUCAGUCGGAGUGAACACCUAACUGUCCACCAAAGAAUUCACACAGGGGAGAAACCUUAUAAAUGCCUAGAGUGUGGAAAAUGCUUCAGGGAGAGUGGAAGCCUUUAUUCCCAUCAAAGAAUUCACACAGGGGAGAAACCAUAUCAAUGCUUGGAAUGUGGGAGAAGCUUCAGACGUGGUUCAGCCCUUACUCUCCAUCAAGCAAAUCACACAGGGGUGAAAAAAUACAAAUGUCUGAAGUGUGAGAAAAGCUACAGUCAGCUUCGAAGUCUUACUACCCAUGAAAGAAUUCACCAAGGGGAGAAGCCAUAUAUAUGUAUGGAGUGUGGGAAAAGCUUCAGCCAGAGUGGAUGUCUUAGUCUCCACAAAAGAAUUCACACAGGGGAGAAAAAGUACAAAUGUCUGGAGUGUGGAAAAAGUUUCAGAUACAGCACAGCACUUUCUUCUCAUAAAAGAAUUCACACAGGGGAGAAACCAUAUAAAUGCCUGGAGUGUGGAAAAAGCUUCAGUCAGAGUGGAAACCUUACUACCCAUCAAAAAAUUCAUUCAAGGGAGAAAAAUAUAAAUGCCUGGAGUGUAAGAAAAGCUUUGGGAGGAAGGAUAGACUGAAUUCCUAUCAACGAAUUCACACACAGGAAACAACCUGAAG